GCGCGUGGCGGGCUGGCGGCAGAAGGCGGGUGGGUGAAGGUAUAUCGGUACUACAGAGUCCCUGAUAGGGGGUUUCGGGGAAGCGCUUGGACCCUGGCUUCUGGGACGCGUCAGGUCGCCGUGAAGGUGAUUGCAUGAGAUCGUGCGUGUGAACGUUUGUUGACAGCUGUUACUUGAGUCCGACAGCCCUGGGGGCCGUGCACCUGCGUAACAUGGCUAGCUCUGAACUCCUUGGGGGACACGUAUACUUUUGAGAAUCCGAUGAAAGCCAAAGGUUCCUCCCUUGUUUUCUUAGAAUUAAAAUUACCACAGACUGGGUAAUUUAUAAAGAAAAGAAGUUUAUUUGGCUCACAGUUCUGGAGACUGGGAAGUCCAAGAGCGUGGUGCAGAUAUCUGGAGAAGGGAGCGUUGGCUUUGCUUUCAUCAGGCCAAAGAUGCCUUUCUUUGGGAAUACGUUCAGUCCAAAGAAGACACCUCCUCGGAAGUCGGCAUCUCUCUCCAACCUGCAUUCUUUGGAUCGGUCAGCCCGGGAGGUGGAGCUGGGCUUGGAAUAUGGAUCCCCCACUAUGAACCUGGCAGGGCAAAGCCUGAAGUUUGAAAAUGGCCAGUGGAUAGCAGAGACAGGGGUUAGUGGCGGUGUGGACCGGAGGGAGGUUCAGCGCCUUCGCAGGCGGAACCAGCAGUUGGAGGAAGAGAACAAUCUCUUGCGGCUGAAAGUGGACAUCCUGUUAGACAUGCUUUCGGAGUCCACUGCCGAAUCCCACUUAAUGGAGAAGGAACUGGAUGAACUGAGGAUUAGCCGGAAGAGAAAAUGAAGACCCCAGAGACAUUUAUUGGGGAGUAGGAUGUAGCUAAGUGCUUUUUUUUUUUUUUUUUUUUUUUUUGCACAGACUAGUGGAUUCGGUCCUGGGAGAGAGUAUCAUAUAAUGGGACCCACAGGCACUGGCACCCUUGGGUUGGCAAUAGAAGGUGACAUGGAAUGGAGAAAACCAAGAUUCCAGAUGGGGACAGUAACUAGAAGGUGCUUCAGAUGCACUGCCUGCGGAUGCCAGUCUGAAAACCAGACCGCAUGGAGGCCUGGGGCUGCUGCUGAGCCUUUGGGUGCUCUCCACACACAAGACUGCAAACACACAUGUCCCAGAAUAGCUCUGUUGGGCCCUGUUGGGAGAAGCGGCUGGAGUUCAUUCUCUCACCCCCUUACAUUGGGGUUUGGGAUUUGGCAGCAGUUCUGCAGAGCUCUGUAUUGGGGGUCAUGGAUGAGUGGCUUUCUCGGCUCUUAAAGGCAGGCCUCUCUCUUUGCCUUUAAAGAAUCCUCCUUCCUCACACCUGGCCUCCUCUGGCUUCAGCUUCUCAGCAGCAAGCACCAGCCUUCCACAGCAACACUAUAUUUUUAUGCUACUUUCCUGUUUGCACUACUAUUUUUAUUAAAUGAUGUUAAAUAAUCUC